UAAAAUGUCAUGACUGUCACGUCAAACCUGGUGUGUGUCUGUUUUAUUAGUGUCUCGAAUAAGUGGUUUCGUAACAGUUUCGUAUAUAAAAAUAUAAAUAAAAAAUUCUAAAUUAAUCCACCAACACCGACAAUAACAACCGUACAUAGCACACACAAAAUAUGUACAUAAGAAACAAACAAAUUCGCCAGUGAAUUUACUAUGUUCGUUAGACAAAUCACACUGCCUGUUAGUCGUACAAAAUCAUUGAAUAAAAUCGUUCGGAAUAUUUUCAUAUCAGUGCCGUGCAACACGCCAAAAAGUUCAAAUUUACACUCAACUAAAAUACCUAGCAAUUUAGCGAUUAAAAAUCAAGUGAAUUACUCACGGUUCUCAGCCACAACCAUAAUGACAGGAACAGAUCUGUUUAGAAUUAGCGAUUACGACUACGUGGGAUUCGAUCUGGACAAUACAUUGCUGCAGUACAAGGUAUCAGCAAUGGUCGAAUUGGAGUACAAAACAUUGUCAAAUUUCAUGGUAAAUACCAAAGGAUAUUCAGAGAAACACCUGAUACAACCGUUAGACGUUGAUUUCCUGCAAAAAGGUCUCAUCGUUGACAUUCAUCGCGGCAAUCUACUUAAAAUAUCGUGUGACGGCUACAUUUUGAAAGCGACUCAUGGCACAAAAUUCAUGACCGACAAUGAAAUAUGCGACGUAUAUGGACCGGAACGCAUGUGGGAUGUUACAACCGAAUUCACUCGCAAUAUAUUGGUGUCAUGGAUCGGACAGUAUGCGGAUACAAUUCGCACCUUAGCUGACUACUUUGAUAUGCCCAGUUCGUUGGUAUUUGCACGAGCUGUCGAUGCGGCCGAUGAGAAAGCCGGACAGAAAUUAGAUUCAUACAAAAUAUGGCCGGAUGUUUUGGAUGGCCUGAUUCACAUGUACACAAGGGAGCAUUUUGAGUCCGGUGUUAGUGACUAUUUUAAUGAACUGCGUGCCCAUCCAGAGUUGUACAUUCAUCGAACGAAACCGGAUGUUAUCAAGUUUCUCAAGAAAUUGAAGGAGGAGAAAACCACGUUCCUAAUUACCGGAUCGAAUAUCGAUUUGGCCAAUCUGACCGCUGCAUAUUGUUUGGGCGAAGAUUGGCGAGAACUGUUCGACAUUGUUGUGUGCUUCGCCAAGAAACCGGGAUUUUUUAAUGGCUCGCGACCGUUCGUUAAAAUUGACGGCGUCAAAGAAACCGCACCCGUGGAUCCGAACGACUUGGAAUUGAAUCGAGUGUACAGUCAAGGAAAUUGGGUCGACUUAGACUUUGCACUGUCGAAGAAACGUUCAAUUAAAAAUCCCAAAAUGCUCUACUUCGGCGACAAUAUCAUCCAAGAUGUCUACGCACCAACCAAGUACACCACCUACGAUUCGGUUGCGAUUGUUGAAGAGCUACUCGCUGAGGGCAUGAAAGAUGUGUCGGAAACACACUCAGACAAAAAACUGCUGACGUCGUCGUUGUGGGGUCCGUAUUUCGGUACGUCGAUUCAUCCGACUAUUUGGUCAGAAAUAAUCAGAGAGCACAGUAAAAUCUGUAUACCGAACGUGGAUGCGAUAGCAAAAAAUCCGAUCGAUUUUGCGUACAAAAGUUUCACCGGCGAACGGUCGUGUCGUCACGGAUUUUAUCCAAAUGAGCCAGAACAUUGGUCGGAUUGAAUGGAGGAAAUGUCACACACACACAACAUACACCAAAUGCCACAACUUAGUAUCUGCUGUGCAUCAGACAAUGGAUUUACAAACGAAAACAACAAAAAAUUUGGAUCAGCCUAAAGAAAAUUGGUUUAUCCACGCAACUUACAAUGUACGAUUCGGUUGAAAACACAUGUGCAUGCCAAAUAUUUUAGAAAAAAGCUUUCUUUUUAUAAAUUCUUCAUUUUCACGCUUAUGAGUUUGUUCUUUUGUGAUAGCAAGCCCCAGUUCUUUUUAGAGGAGAGGAGAGGCAAAGAAUUUAAUUUUUUUUCUCGUAGGAGUUUAUUGGUUAAAAUUUUGAGCUGUUAACAGUAUACCAUCUAAGAGAUAUUUUGCCCACGUGCAGAUCAGACUCCCACAAAAAUUCUUCGGUUUAAAAACUAUGCUAAAUUUUUUUGUUCUGGUGAUUUUGGCUGUGAGCGGCUACGUAGUCACCAGCGAAUAUAUCAGUAAAGGUCAGCCGUGUCUGACAAUUAAAUCAUUCGAAUUUGAUUAUUUUUGAAUUUCAUUCUGACUGGUUUAUUCCUUCAGUUAUUGUCCUUGGCGAUCAAUGACAGAAUUACGAGAAGAAAUAGUUUUCGUCUUCGGUAUCCAGACCUUGACUUAAAUCGUUUAAGCAUUAACAGUAUGUGACCGAUACUUUUUUGAAAUUAAAAUGUAAUUCACUCCGGAAUUACUUUCAUUAAUAUUUCUUCUGUGUAGUGGAAGAAUAAGAAUAAAGUGGCUCAGAGUUUGUAAUGAUAUGUACGGGGGCUUUUCUACAGUUAUGUAGAUUAUGACUAAGUUAAAUU